AUGGGCUCACCGCUGGAACCGUUCGUCGCAAAUGUCUUCAUGGGCAAAAUCGAGAUGACAAGCUUACAAGAACCCGUUAAUGACCUCAGCUUCUACGGUCGCUACGUGGACGAAAUUCUCUGCCUAACGGAUGUUACCUCCGACUCAGACGCCCUGAUUCAAAAAUUCAACAAUGCACACCCCACGCUAACAUUCUCUGCAGAGUUUGAGGCAAACAACGAAAUCGCGUUCCUCAAUGUGCUUCUGCACUGA